AUGCAUUUCUUUAUUACCGCCGCUAUUUUUUUUGCCCUUGAUUCGGCCGUUAACGCUACCCCUAACCCUGGAAACACCUUGGCCAAUCUUCAAACCCGUCAACCCAUUUCCAAAACUGCCGUCGGUGGCAGAUUAAACGCCAACAGACCAUAUAAAUCCAAACAGUGCGCCCGCGAAGACGAAUACUGCAAACUGGCCGACGAUUGCUGUUUGGGCCUACUUUGUGGCGCUCAUGGAUGUUUUGAAUUAAAAUAUAUGUCGCCUUAA